CGCGAUGCCAUCCCCGCUCCGCCACUGACCCCGCCGCCUCUUCCACUUCCAUACCAGCGGCACCGCCGGAUCCUGCGGCCGUGAUCCGGGCCGGAUCUUGCCGCGGAUCUGGGACGCGGGGAUGGAGGGCGACCACGACGAGGGCGCGGCUGAGGCGGCGGCCGCCGUGCCGAAUGGGCUUGGAGGGGAGGACUACGUCGUCGUCAAGGCCGGCGACCAGGAUGGCGCCGUCGAGGCGGUCGCAACGGACGGAGGUGAUCAUCAGGAGGAUCUCACUGGCGGGGAGGUGGCGGUUGGAUCUGCCACCGCUGUGCCAACUCCCGAGGAGCCGGCCAUGGCGUCUACCAAGGCUGGAUCCAAGGAUGCCACCGGGAAGAAGAAGGGAAUUCAAGCCAAGGUACAGAACGGCAAGGUGGCGGCGGCGGCCCCGCGGGGGAAGAAGCCCGGCCUGUCGCAGAGCGCCUCCUUCCCUGCCAGAGCGACGGCCGGUGCCAAGAAGGCUGCCACCGUGACGGCGACGCCAAAGCAAGCCAAGCCGGAGGGGAAGGGUGCCGUGCCCAAUGGAUCUGCAGCAGCGACUGGACGGGGCACCGAAAAGAAGGCGAAUUUGGCUAAGAUGCAUCCUGCUCGUCGAUCCAUGCCAGUGAAGCCUGAAUCGGUGGACUCAACUCCAAAUGAUGCUUCUUCUGAAGUCCAAGAGUCAAAUGAGAACACUACUAAACCUUACAGGGAGUCGCUUCCAGCAAAAUUGGAGGAUGAUGUGCACUCCACUACAUCGAGUACCAAUACUCAACGCAAGAAUGCUGCUGCCUCUGGUUUUAGUUUCCGCUUGGAGGAGCGUGCUGAGAAGCGUAAAGAGUUCUUAAAGAAGCUUGAAGAGAAAGUUCAUGCCAAGGAGCUUGAACAAACGAAUUUGCAGGAAAAAUCUAAGGAGAGCCAAGAGGCCGAGAUUAAACGGCUUAGGAAGAGCCUGACAUUUAAAGCAGCACCUAUGCCAAGCUUCUACAAGGAGCAGCCUCCUAAAGUUGAGUUGAAAAAGAUUGCACCAACACGUGCUAGGUCACCAAAGCUUGGCCGGCACAAGCCAGCCAGUCCAGCUGCUGCUGCUUCUGUAGAUGGCUCUGUCUCCUGUGAGAGCCCACGAAGCACAACUAAUCCGGGCAAGGUAAACAAAGGUGUGGAAAACAACAAACCUCGGGUUGCUGCUAGGAAACCUGUCCAGAGAUUGGUCACAAAAGCUCCUCCCCCAGCAUCUGCCACUGCAAAGGCUGAAACAAGACCCCUCACUACAAAGCAGAAAACCUCGAAUACAAAACCUAAAGUAUCAAAACCAAAGGUAGAGCAGUUGCAAGAUAACCAAGUCGAUCCCCCUGCAGAACCUUCUGUCCUGGAAGAGCUGGCUGCUGAACAAAGUGUUGAAGAUGUGACAGUACUUGAUCCGACUGCCCCUAUGGUCACUUCAAACGAAGUACCCAUCCAAGAUUGAUCUGUUGUGCAUUUUGUUAUUUACUUCCUUCUUGCAGUCCUGUGAAUAGUGAGGUGUGUGCUUCAUGGAAAGUUGAAUCGCUCAAAGUAUGGUGGAAUUUCUAUUUUCUGGAGUAGACGUCUUUUUCUUUUCUUCAGCUUGUCAUUGAGCAUGUCAUGUAUAUUGUUUGAUAAUUUCUUCAUGCUUAAUUUUUUUGAGGUCUUGUGUAUAUUGGAUUUGCACGUCAAUGGGCAUCCUAGGAUUGUUGCAGAACAUGAAUGCAACUUGUGAAAUUCAUUUGUGUUUAGAA